GAAAGAAGUGUCAACUAAAUGAAUAAAUCUGAUGAAUAAGAUAGUCACAGGAAAAAAAAUUGAGAACAUUUUGGUGUAUAAGUUACUUUGAUCAAGCUGCUUUCAUGGAGUAUGUGAACAAUCUGUAGCAUGGUAAAUAUACUUUGGUUUGAGUUUAGUGUGUAGGCGUUCUGGUUAGGUAGGGAAGCUGGGUUCUUUCUGAGAAGUGAGAUCUCUGUGGUCAAAACCACACGAGACCACCUGCAGCUGUGUCUCAUUUUUCAGCCCUCAGCUUCCCCCUUGGUCUCAGUGCCUCACGUCCUUUUGGUGCACUGCUGGAUUGAUCAGGCCAGCAGGCUAACUGGAGCAGUGUAUAGUUAUGGUCAUCUCUGAUCACACUGUUCCACAGCUUGGUCUUGCAGGUAAGUUGCAGAUCACUUGUGGGUCAGUUCUCUUGGACAUUUCUGUGGCUUUUAGCUCAUUGCAGUGGUGACACCUCUAAAAUGAGAACUUCAUCAGCAGUGUACAGGAUGCAGAUAUGAAGUGACUUGUAUCUAUGACAAACUUGAAACAUUUACAGUAGUUGUGCAGUGUUGUCAGUCCUACUGUUAAUUCGGCUCUUCGUGUUGACAGUAAAAAGCUACAAAUGUCGUUACUUCUAUUUUCUGGAAGACCUGUGAAUGAUUGCUGCUGCUUCGUUAGAGAGAAAUAUAGUUUAUUAACAGGAUAAGUUCUGCUUUGUGAAGGGAAAAAAAAUCUGUGAAAAGACAAAGUUGCUUCAGCUGCAAAUAAAAAAAAAAAAAAAAGUAUACAUUUCAAAAGUCUUGUAUUUCAAGUAAUGUGUUGUAAUGCUGCUGUCCUGCAUUUAAAAAAAAAAAUCUUUGAAUGUAGGUCAGUGCUUCCCAAACAUUUUGAGUGGUGGACCACUUAGCUAAUCCUAACAUUUUGCAGACAACCAUAACAUUUAAUAGUGAAAAUCCUAAAAAGUGGAUUCAAACAACUGACUAAUGAAUGAUGGCUACACUGUCUGUAUAUUUAUAUGCGUGGUUUAAAAAUAUUAGAAACACUGAAUAAUAAAUGUGUGAAUGAGAAGUGAGUAGAGGAGGAGUAGAGUAACUUUGCCUUUAGGGAAGCUGCCGUCCUUCUUGGAAUCCUGUUAUACAAGUGUUGAACUGUGUAGAGAUACUGCACCAUUAUUGGAGGAAAGAAAGUCUUGACAUUUUUGAAGGGUGAUGGAGGUGGGACUCUUUUGUAGUCAGCAUUUCAGAACUUCCCAUAUACAUUGCUGCCUGAAAGUAUGCAAACUAAAGGUAUGGUAAUUACUCUUGUAUAAAAUACUCCAAAAACUUAUAAAAUCUAAAUCAAAAACUUAUGAAAUGAAUAAAUGAUUAUGAUUUAUACCUGAUUCUGGUUACCCGCUUGGCUUAACCAAUGCAAUUUUUGGGGUUCAUGUAUUUUUGUACCUGCGCUACUUUUUAUUUUACUACACACGAGUUCCUCUAAAGCAAUAUAUAGAAUUGAUAGACACUUAUUUCAGAUGAGAAAGGCCGGUUUUGAUUUCAUAAUUUUGUGGUAAAACAAAAGGACAAAAGUUCAUAAACUCUGAAACAGUACUGGAGGUUUGAUGCUGUUUUAAAGUGUUGACUGGGAAGGCCAUCAAAGGUGUGUGACAUAAACUUGAUGUUCAUGAACCCAAGACCAGCUGUGCAUGUAGAGGUUUGCAGUUAAGGUGUCAAACUGUCAUCUGAUUGCUUGUUCUCACGUCUUGCUGGGGUGCGUACGCAACAAGCUGAGAGGGGUAAACACAGCACACACAUCCACCAAAGUGCACACCCUAAAUCACCCGUCUCUAGGAGCUGCGGACCUCAUGUGGCGACACUUGAAGUCACCUGGUUUAUAGUAACUGCUGCUGUCUCACCCACACCAGGGAGUACGUGCCAGUUUGUAUGGACUUUGCUUCUUAACCACGUACCAUUGGCUUUGACACUCUGAGGACUUAAACCAUGCCCAUGUCCAUGAUGUAUGUGACUGUGACCUAAAAUAAAACUUUAUGAAGAGCUGCUGUCUGAAAUGUGAAUAUUAACAAUCUUUGCUCUUUGUGAAAGAUUCCAAAAAUGAUGGGUGCAUUCUGGAUAACAUUCACAUUCUGGGUGGGCAGAACACAUUCCUGUGUGGUCACCGAGCACACCCGCGUGGUUUCGGAAGGGUCCGACGUCCAUCUGUUUUGCAACAUCUCCUCGUGUCCACGGUUACGAGGUCAGAGUGCCAGUUUGGAAUGGGAGUUUAACCAAACAUCGGUUCCCAUCUUCCAUUAUGCAAACAGAAGUGUGAUAAGGUGGCCAAAUGUCAAGUUUAUGGGCAACAUUGCAGCAGGUGACUUCUCCAUCAUCCUGAGCUCCGUGACGUACGAACGGAGUGGCACGUACCUCUGUCGCUUCCGUCCACCGCACAGCCCUGUCAUCUACAAGAACUACACUCAGCUCACUGUGAUCUACAGGAGAUCAGGUGGACAUGCAGGACAUGAACUCUCCCAAAACAGAUCGCAAGCAGAUGCCUCUGACAACAUAGUGGCCCCAUCUCCCUGGCUGCUGUCGAUGUACUGCUACAUUGUGGGACUGCUGCUGGUAGUUGUCACUGGGUGGGCACUGGCCUGGUGGUUCCGAUGGAGAAGGGCACUGGCUAAAAACGGUGUGCAGAGGAAGGAUGAGAGGAUGACGAUCCACAAAGGAGAUCCACAGCCUCCCCAUGGAAACCAGGACACCUAUGUGACACUUCAGAGAUGCAAGAACCCACCUCCCCCUUCUCCCCAACGGGAGGGCAUCUAUGUAACUAUGGUGAGUUGCGGGCUGUAUGUCAACCGUGCCUUUCUCCUGGGGCUCCGGAAUGGCUCUCUUUACUCUGUCUAUUCCUGGAAGCAGAGAACCCCCGGAGCCGUGGAUCCCACAGUGCAGUCGGGCCGCAGCAGGAAGGGCAUUCCCCUCGAGUGGUAUGCCCGGACAGACGUAACCCUUCCAGGAAAAAUAAGCUCCGGAUAACUGGACAACAGAUGAUGUAGUCCUGCAUCAAAAAUGACUUCUUCUUCCAUGCCUGCAUGUAUCAGGCCAGAAUGCGUUACUGCACCAGACGUAAAGAUAAUUUUCUUUCCUAUUAUCUCUUCCGAAGGAGUUUAAUGUCAAAAUUAUCUCCGUUUUGGAUCCACCUACUUUUUCAUUUGUCAGCGUCACUGUAUAAAGUGAAAUACGGACAUUAACCUGUUUUUCUAGCAAUUCACUGAUGCUGGUUUGUCAGAACUGCAGCUGCCGCUGUUUCAGGGGAAAUGACUGAUUAAGUGACCUUUGACAUUCAGAUGUCCGUUAAUCGCUCUGCCCUUAAUCCUGUGUCUUUUCUUUCUUAUCUCUUUGCUAAAAGCUUCCUGAUCCCAUUGUGUGAAAACAUCAUUGUUGUUCCUUUCUGUUAUUUUCUAAUUUUUUCAUACUACCUAAA